ACAACUUUAAACAAGUAUGAAGUUGUAUACAAAAUGUACUGGUCUUGUUAUAUCUUUUUGCUUACUUUUGAUAACUCUGAUGUCAGAUAAUGGACUACAAGAGGCAGAAACUUGUAAAGAUAUGGCGAACUCCCAAAAUGAUGAUUAUGUCAUGGAGUCUACCUUGCCAUACAGCACUACUAUAGAACCAUCUGAGAAUGUUCCACAUGUUCAUGAAAACCUACACCCAUCAAAUCUAACUCUAAUUAAUAUCAAGAAUUUUAGAUUUCUGAUAAACCAAGAUAUUUGUAACAUAUCUCAAAUAGAUAACUUUGACAAACUGUGGAGUGUGGAUUGCUUUCUAGAAAUGGUGACAAUUGUUGCGUCAGCAGUAGAGAACACUAAAGCUAGAAACAUAAUCAGGGAGACCUGGGGAAAACCUGAAAUACCUGGAGUUAACGCAAGACUUGUGUUUUUGCUUGGUAUGCCAUCAAAAUUAGAAAAGCAGAAGUGUGUGGUGGCUGAAGCUUUGCAAUAUGAAGACAUUAUUCAAGGAGAUUAUUUGGACACUUAUCGUAAUCUGUCCUACAAGAAUAUAAUGGGGAAUCUUUGGGUUUCACAGUUCUGUGAACAAGCAGAAUUUGUUAUAAAAACUGAUGAUGAUAUGUUUGUGGAUCUCUAUGCUGUCUACUUUCACACUAGGCAUCAUGUCAUUGAAUAUCUAUUGUUACUAUAUAAAGAUGGUAUGAAAUAAAGAAAAUCUAAAGCCUAAAAACUGAUGUGAGUAAAUCUACAGAAAAAAAGGAAAACAAUGUAUUUACAACUGAAACAUGUUCCCGUGUUCCUGACUGCUGAAAGUAAACUUGUGCGAGAUUUUCUCUUUGGUGUUCUCAGUUUCGGUGUCCUACUUGAAGGAGAUGGGUCAAAUUUGUUCAAUGGUUUAGAGAUUCCAGUCGACCUUCGUUCUCUGGAACCUGAUGAUUUCCCUGAUGAUCUUCCCGAAGAUCUUGUUGUUGACGUUGCUUUAGGUACCGUUCUGUAAUUUCUAAUUCUCUUGUUUUACUUUGAACCUGUUUCUUUUCUGGUUCUGCACCUGGUCUGUGUUUUAGUUCAGCCUCCUGUUUUUCCUGUUCUGACUCACUAGAGGCUUUUGAGGUUAACUGUUCUUCAACCAAUUUAUCUUGUAACAUAUUUGUAAUUGAAUCCAUCAAGGUUGAAGCUGUGGUUUGGAGAACUAAUUUCACUGUGGGUUUAUUCAUCAAUAGUUUUAUCAAAGGACUGAUACAACUCGUAAUCAUCCUCCUGUACUACCGCGGAGGUUUCCUGUAUAUCACUCUGUCUGCUGCUUACUGGUUGAAUUACUGUUGAACCAUUAGAUGAGUUUUCAUCCUGCCUGUGAACCUUGUGAUUUUCGAGAUCAUCGCAGAAUUCAUCGAUAAGCCUGUCUUCUACUAGGCACGGCAAUUCCACCAGCAACAACAUAUUGGACAGCUGCAGCAUGACUUCUUUGGGGAGCCUGGGGAGUCUGAAGAUGGGAUCCAAGUCCUUUUCUCCCAACUUCUUGCAUAGUCUCAACUUUUAUCGAUGUGCCACGUACUCCCUAGGUUGAUUUACAUAGACUUCUUUAACUCUCAACAAAGCUGAAUUGAUUAUAUUGGUGACUUCUGCCGGGCUGCUCCAAUGCAGGAGUAGCUUUCUCAACUUACCCACUGCAGCAAGCAACGCAGUGAAGCAGAGGUCACCCAGGUUUAUAUCUUCUCUUGGUGUAGAAUAUGCACGGAAUUGUCUGCGUAUCCGUACUGUUUCACUUUUUCUCAUGACAUUAAUUAUCAUUUCGAGUUUUUCUUAUAAUGUGUGAGUCUUCUUUGAACUUAGGUAUAUGGGAUAGAUGGGGAAGAUUAUUUUCUAUACCUGAAAAAACAUGGGCUGGGCUGCAUAAAGUACUAUAAUUUUGGGUGGCGUUGUAAGCUAAAAUCAAAGUGAAUAAAAUUUUUUCCCAGUUACAUUCCCCAUUUGCUUUUUUUGCCUUUAAAAAAGAUUAUAACGUUCUGUGAAAUCUUUGGGAUUGCAGUUGUGUUGUUAUGGGGUCCCCACUUUUAUCUUUAUGUUACAAUUACUGAGUUUUUUAACUCGCAGCCCGAGUUGGUCCUAAUUGAAGUUGGAGCACAAUAAAGGCCGACCCAGUGUUUCAUGAUCGCUGUAGAGACUGUUUUAGCAGACUUAUCAGGGAUUGGAACUGCUGACAUGAAUCUAGAAAAUUGACACAUUAAUGUAAGAAUACAUUUUUUUCUGGAGACAAUAUUAGUGGACCAACAAGAUCCAUAUACAAGACAUCAUUGACAUUUUUUGCAAGGUUUUUGAAAGUUCAACAUUUUUCAAAUUAAUUCCUUUUCUAUGAUGACGACCUGCUCACUCUGUAACAAAUAUGCUUCUGUCUUUUCUCCAGCCAGGCCAAUAGAACACUAGUCUUACCCGUUGCAUAGUCCGCUGGACUCCCCAGUGUUCAUGUGCAUGUACUGCUAAAAGUGCUUGAUACCUGUGCGAGGGUAAGAUGACAAUUCUGAGUCGAGGUUCGGCUUCAAAUUCAUCCUCCAACAAAAAUAUCAAUUGAGGACUUUUUUGUCAACCUAAGCUGUUUCCUUACCUUGUACAGCUGUACUACAUAGUUGUGUACACCCUCAAAUUCUUCUGUGUCGUUUUUUUAUCAAUAAUUUUACCUGUAUUCUUGUUGAACCAUAUUCUUACCAAAUUAAGUGAACAAUCCUCAAGAUAGUCAAUAAGGUAUCGCAACGAAGCUUGCACAUGAAUGAAAGGUCGAUACGGUACGGGGAAGAUUGGUACCCUCUGACGUCAUAUUCCAGUACCUAUGGACGGAGCAGAGGAGAGUGCAGUGAGCGGAUACGGGCAUGGCGAUGUAAGUAGGGUACAGGAUUCCAAAUUGCAUGACUACUUUACCAUAUUCCAGUACCCAUGACAAUCCUUUGUUUGUCCUUUUUGUAGUUCAUACUGAUCUUUGCCUAUCUUACCUUGUAUAGCACCAAUUAAAAGGUUGUCCUCUGCCCUCAAUUCCAUUUGCCGUUGCCAAAUGCCAGGGGAGUUCAACAACGGAUCAUAUCUUACCUUUGCAUGAGGGUAGAGAUCUUUUCCUGUUGACGGCAGGGGCCACUCAACAAUUUUGGACACCUAUGCAGGUAUGAGGCUGAUGUCCUCUGUGCUGAUCUGAUGACCUUGGUAUUCAACAUCGGUCCUGAAAAGAAAUGUUUUAUCUGCAUUUACUUUAAUUCCAGCUGAUCUGAUAAAUCCUAUCCCUAUUUUGAGCUAUUGUGCUCAGACUGGUUACAUCUUAGCUCUGGGUCCGUAUGAGAACUGAAUGGGUGGGUUACAAUAUUUCCCAAAAAAAACUUUUAAAACUUUUAAAAUUUUUU